UUGAGGCCAGGAACGAUGGGCCGGAAGCUGGACCUGUCUGGCCUGACAGAUGAUGAGGCCGAGCACGUCUUGAAAGUGGUCCAGCGGGACAUGAAGCUGAGAAAGAAGGAGGAGGAGAGGCUGAGUGAGAUGAAGCAGGAGCUGGCGGAGGAAGGCAGCAGAUGCUCCAUCCUCUCCAAGCAACACCGCUUCAACGAACACUGCUGCAUCCGCUGCUGCGCGCCCUUCACCUUCCUGCUCAACCCCAAGCGCCAGUGCCUGGACUGCCAGUACAACGUCUGCAAGACCUGCUGCACCUACAACAAGAGGGACAAAGCCUGGCUGUGCUCCGCAUGCCAGAAGGGCAGGGUUUUGAGGACACAGUCCCUUGAAUGGUAUUAUAACAAUGUGAAGAGUCGCUUCAAGAGGUUCGGCAGUGCCAAGGUUUUGAAGACAUUGUACAGGAAGCACAUUAUUGAGAGAGGAGCGCUCUCUGAUCUCCCAGAAAGCAGUGUUCACGAGGGAAGCACUGGCAACGACAAUGAUGGCAGCAUCUGUGGCAGCGACUCUGCCUUCUACAAACAGAGUGAAGGACACAGUAUGGCAGAGACGCUCACAGUCGCCCUGCGUGUUGCUGAGGAGGCUAUAGAGGAAGCCAUCGCUAAGGCAGAGGAGUUCAGUGACAGCUUGGAGAAGCAGAAUGAGGCUCGGUAUCUGAGGGACCACAAAGAGGAGCUCAUAGAGGAACUUGCAACAACCAUUGUACAAAAAAUCAUCCAGAGGAGGAAGCGUUCAGAGAUGCAGACAGAGUAUGACUUUGUCUGGCCUCAGCCUCAGUCCUUGAUCCAGUCCAGUGAGCUGCCCUCCCCUUCACAGCCUCAAUCUUCUUCACAAGGACCACAGGAUCCUCACAAGACCUCCUACUCCCUCUGGCGGUCACGCUCAGCUUUCUCCCUCACCAGUGACGACUCCCCAGAGAAAGGUCCAGAGGACGAGGGUGCCGGGGCCGGCGGUGGCUUGCACGAGUACGCCUCUCUGAAGAGGGAGGGCAAGGCCACAUCUCUACCCAGCUGGAAGAGUGUGGAUCGCCUGGACAACUCUAGUGCAUCCUCAGUUCUCCAGAGUCCAGACGGUAACUGGAUUGCUCUGCACAGCUCUCAGCUGUCUCGGCCCAGUCUGCUAACUAAGAGGAAAAGCCUGGUGUUCAGUGUGUUGGAAAAGGAAUCCGGCGUUGUCUCAGCUUACGACGAGAUGGGAUCCAAUUCUGAAGAGGACGAUGAGGGUGGCUGGGGAGCAGCAUUGAGACAGUUCAGACGCAAACUGUCUGACGAGACUUACUACACAGACUCACAGCACGACCCAGAGUGGACAUACACCCAGCACCUCCCCGUCACCUCACCAUCCUCUGGUCAGUACACCAACACAGAGACUCUCAACUCGGACUCUGAGGCCUCAUCCGUGCUGUCUGCAUGUCCUCGCAAACCGCCUCACAACCUGCUGAGAAAGAAAGGACCUCCAGACACACACCUGCACCCUCACCACCAACCGCCCUACCACCAACACCAGAACUUCUCUCCAUACCCACACCUUUCCGAGACACUGGAUGUGAACUUUAACCCGAAGGUAAUGGGAGACAGCAGCGAGGCAGAGGAGAGGCAGAAUGACCCCGUCAGAAGAUCGCGGCGACGCAGAAAAAGCAAGAGAGAGUCGUCAUCAGAACAGAGCAGACCUGCAGGCCCCCAAAACCCCCCACAGUCCCUCUACCCCUUGGUGCAGGAGAACAGUGGUUUUCUACUCAACGCCCUGCUGAAGAGGGGUUUAAGUGAGGAACAUCCAGUACCUGACACUUUGCCAAUGGCCCCAGCUGCACUAGACACCUUCAAAGUAGAAGCCAUGACACCUGAGCCAGAAGAUUUGGAAACAGUGGCCCCGAAUUCAGCUGCUCCUAGCCCUCCUCAGCCCUACCCUCUAGCUCCUGGACCCCAGCACUCUCUCAGCAGCUCGGGGCCUGGAUCUGGCUCUGGAGACCCUCUGGAGGAGGAACUGCGAUGCAGACUCAGAGAGCUGGUCAGCCGCGCCAACAGCAAAGACAGCAGCUCAUCUGAAGAAGACUGUGCAAAGUGGCCUGCAGAUAAACAGAUGGAUAAAGAAUGUGACGGACAAAGAGAAAAGACAAAGUUGAAAGAUGCAGAAAGGCAGAGGGAAAGUGAUAGAUUAAGAGGCAGCAGUAAGGAAAGAGAGAAAGGAAGUGAAACAGGGGAACAAGUGAAUGGACAAGAGAUGUCAAGACGUGAGAGGCUAAUAAAGAGUCCAUCGAUGAAGAUCGGUGAAGAAGGAAGAGUUAGGGAGAGGAGGUUACAGAAAGUAGAUAGUUUGAAAGAGAAAGUAGAUGACCAGGAGCAAAAGAGAGGAGACAGAAGAGAGGGGAAUAGACAAAGUAAGAGGCAACAUAAAAGAGAUAUGGAGAAGGAAGCAGGACAGAAAGGGGGUGGAUGGAGGAGCGGAUCCAGUGCAAGCACGCCUGCUGUUACACCAUCUUCCCAGGAGGGAGUGCUGUCUGACAACCAGGAGCAACAGAAUGACUUGGAGCAACAACAGAGGCUUCAGUUGCUCUCCUCUCUCUUACAGCAGCAGAAGUACUCGGCUGCCUCUCUGUGCAGCAUCACCACCGAGGUGCUGAAGGUUUUGAAUGCCACAGAGGAGCUGAUUGGUGAGGCGGGAGGUGAUAGCUACACCCCGUCUGAGUCCAUCAGUGUUUCCCCCAUCUCCAGCAGCUCUGAGACCCGCAGGCUGGACCAAAGGCUUACUAAGAUGGAGGAGAAUGUGUACCUGGCUGCUGGUGCUGUGUAUGGCCUUGAGGGGGCACUGGGGGAUUUGGAGCAGUGUGCCCGCAGUAUUAGCAGUGAUACCACAGACACAGAGCUCGCUUUCCUGGAAGACCAGGUGGCCACUGCAGCUGCUCAGGUCCAGCAGUCUGAACUACAGAUAUCAAACAUUGAGGCCAGGAUAUCAGCUCUGAAAACAGCUGGGUUGAAUGUGACUGUCUGCAAUCACUUCUGCAAGUCCAAGCCAAAGCCUCAAACCCUGGACUCAUCACGCCAUCAGAGGAGGAAGCUGCCAGCCCCUCCACUGAAAGAUAAGUUGGAGGCAGAGCAGCAGGUGAAAGUGUUUCGGCCGUAG